UGCCAUUUACAAAGCAUGAUCUAAACUUACAUAUAGAGCAGCGCAUUGAGAACUCUCUCUCUCUCCUCCCAAUAUUUUUGUAUCUCUCUAAAACCCUCCCCAAUUCUCUCUCUCUCUUACUGCGCUUUCAGGCCACGAUUAUAACAUUUCAAUUUUUGCAGUUUCUCAUUGAUGUGUUCCAUUCGGCUUUGACUUUCUAGGGUUUAUGUUGCAUUCUUUGUUGUGCUCUGUCUCUCUCGCUCUCUCUUUCUCUCUCUCUCUCCCUCCGUCCUAGUAUUCGAUGUCGUCUGCUUCGUCGUCGUCCCAGGUGUGCUACAAUUCGGACUGCAAGGAAUUGAAAUCGGAGCAACCGAGAAAGGGCUGGAGGCUCCGAACUGGCGAGUACGCGGAGCUCUGCGAUCGAUGCGCUUCCGUUUAUGAGGAAGGAAGAUUCUGUGAGACUUUCCACUUGACUGCUACUGGUUGGAGGUGUUGUGAGACUUGUGGUAAGCAAGUUCAUUGUGGAUGUAUUGUUUCGAUUCACACCUUUACAUUGUUGGAUCGGGGAGGGAUUGAAUGCAUGAAGUGUGCGAGGAAAAGUGUCCUUUGGACGUCAAAUCCAGCAUGGCCAGCAUCUUUGUGUUUUAAUUCUCUUUUACCUGAGAGACUUAAAGACCUAUCUGUCAAAAAUUGGAGUCAAUUAGCUGGAUCAGGUCCUGUACCAUGGCGGCAAGCACCCAGUUUGUUCAAUUCAAUAAUACCUCCUCCACCAGAGUUACAGUCAAGGAUUCCCUUUGAGGUUGACAUGUCAAGUGGCAUAAACAAACUCAAUUCCAGUGAAAGAUUAUCUACCUCUCCCCUGGAAAAAAAGAAAAUUGAUUACUUUUCUGAAAGAUUGAUGAAUGGAAGCCUGAAGCUUGGUGCCCGGGAAAUGCUUGAAAAUGGGAAUGCAGGCAUUAAGUGUGAGGAAAACUAUAGUUCAGGUUUAUCUCAACAGUCUUCCCCCUUAAAGGAGGAGCCAUCUACCCCAAAAUUUGGUGUGACUUUACCUCAUUCAUCUCCAAACGAAACAAAUGGUCAAACUGGGAUUUGUGGAACUCAUUUGGGAACAACUCCUACAUCUCUGCCAAAGCAGUUUCAUGGUAAUUUACAGAGUGGAGUUGACUUGUCUGUUGAAGCUCAGGUUCGAAAUGGAAAGCCUCGAAUAGAUGCACGAGGAAGAAAUCACUUACUUUCACGGUACUGGCCCCGGUUUACCAAUCAAGAGCUUCAACAAAUAACUGGAGAUUCAAAUUCUGUAAUCACUCCUUUGUUUGAGAAAAUGUUAAGUGCCAGUGAUGCUGGGCGGAUUGGGCGUUUGGUGCUUCCAAAAAAAUGUGCCGAGGCCUACUUUCCACCAAUUUCUCAGCCUGAGGGAUUGCCUCUUAAAGUUCAGGAUGCAAAAGGCAAGGAGUGGGUUUUUCAGUUCCGUUUCUGGCCCAACAACAAUAGCAGAAUGUAUGUUUUGGAGGGUGUUACUCCUUGCAUACAGUCCAUGCAAUUGCAAGCAGGCGAUAUAGUAACAUUUAGUCGAUUAGAGCCAGAAGGUAAAUUGAUUAUGGGAUUCAGGAAGGCUUCGACUGCUCAAUCUUCUGAUCAGGAUAACGAAACAAGUAAGACUGGGAAUGGAGUUUCUACACAUGGAGAUGCUGAAUUGGCUGAUCCUAGUUCGUGGUAUAAAGUUGAUAAGUCGGGAUACAUAGCUAAAGAAGUACUAGGAGGUAAAUCAUCAAUCUCUAGGAAGAGGAAGAGCAGCACCUUGCGUCCAAAGAGCAAGCGCCUAAGAAUUGAAAAUGAGGACCUGAUAGAGCUGAAGCUAACAUGGGAAGAAGCUCAAGGAUUGCUCCGUCCUCCUAACUGUGUCCCCAGUGUUGUGGUGAUUAAAGGCUUUGAAUUUGAGGAGUACGAGGAUGCACCAAUACUUGGGAAGCCAACGAUUUUUGCAACCACUGAUGUGGGUGAAAAGAUUCAGUGGGUUCAAUGUGAAGACUGUUUCAAGUGGCGCAAAUUGCCUGCCAAUGCUUUGCUUCCCUCAAAGUGGACCUGUUCUGACUCAUUGGACCCAGAAAGAUCUAUCUGUUCAGCAGCCCAAGAAUUGACAGCAGAACAGCUUGAAGAUCUUCUACCCCAGUGUAAUUUAGCUACCAAGAAAAUCAAAGCUGCUAAACAGGAGCUAGAUAAUGUUGAAGCUCUGGAGGGACUUGACACUCUUGCAAACCUAGCCAUCUUGGGAGAGGGCGAGCCACUUCCAGCAUCAUCCCAAGCCACGACAAAACACCCCCGGCAUAGACCUGGCUGCUCAUGCAUUGUGUGCAUUCAGCCACCUAGUGGGAAGGGCCCAAAACACAAGCAGAGUUGCACCUGUAAUGUCUGUCUAACCGUGAAGCGCCGUUUCCGCACAUUAAUGUUGCGUCGUGAGAAGAAACAAUCAGAGAAAGAAGGGGAAACAACACGCAAAAAGCUGCCACAGCAGCAGCCACCGUCGCCUGAGAAAGUUCAGGAUGAUGAUUCCCAGCCAUGUAGUAAUAAAGGAAAUUGUAGUCCGAAGCAGAUUAGAGGGGCCAAUGAUGUUUCUGAUGAUGAAACUAAUAGAGGGAAGUGCGCUUCUCCUUUUAAAGGUCAAAUUGACUUGAAUAUCCAGCCGGAGCGGGAGGAAGAGCUUUCACCUAGUUCUGAUUCUGGCAGCAUGAUGAAGUUGCUACGAGAUGCAGCUGAGAGGUUUGUCAUGCAGCAGAGAUUACCAAGCUCUGGGGCCAGUGGAAGUGCAUCCACCAAUCAGUCAAAGCCGAGUGGAGAUGGAGGUGGGGGCGAAAAACUCAGCAGUCUUGUCGCCCUUAGCAGCAAUCAUUGCGAUGCUGAUGAAGACUCUCCUGCAACUCUGUGUAUAAAAGAAUCUGGAUCCACUCCGGCAACUGGGUAGAUUAACCUUUGCUUUUAUGGAUGUUGAUCAGCCACUAUGUGGGAGUGUUGGUGGUGGCUGGGGCAGUUUCUGUUGUACAUUCAUCCAUAUAAGCUUCAUGAUCUUUCCCAUCUUCGAAUCUGUACAUAAAGAAGAGGGAUAGGGAGUGCACGUAUGGUUGACAAACCGGUAAUCUCCUCUCGACAGUAAUUAGUUGACACCGAAAAGGCCAGGUAGGGAGAAUUAUAAAAAUGCAACUGUAGUGGGUAUUGGGUUGAAGCUAUACAGUUUAUUUUUAGGAGCUCACCUUUCUACCCUCAUCCAGCAACUUUGAGGAUGUAACUAAAUUAGAAUUUUUCGGCUCCGUAUAAGAAAAAGUACUUUUGGGUAA